GUGAUUCAAAUCCUUAAACAAAAGCCCAUAGGAGCUGACAUCUCAGUCAGGUUUGUCUUCAUGCCACCCUCCCUCUAUAAAGCAGCCAACCAACCACACUCCAGUAAAAACGCCACUGCACAAAACAGAAACACACACACUCUCUCUCUCAAAUGGAAAAACCCAUGGCCGAGCCUUGGAGACCUGACAUGGCCCUUUUCCGGCCACCGGAAACGCCCCGCGAGCCCAUGGAGUUCCUCUCGCGUUCAUGGAGUGUCUCAGCCUCGGAGGUCUCAAAAGCCCUUGCUCCGCCUCAAAUGGUUCUCUCUAAUACCAUGAGUGGCAGUGCUGGCUGUGCUAUACAGGAGGACAUUGCUGGAGAGUUAGAGGAGAGUGCUACCGUUUCUGGGAACCCAUUUUCUUUUGCUUCCUCUGAGACCUCUCAGAUGGUCAUGGAAAGAAUCAUGUCACAGUCGGAGGUAUCCCCACGAACUUCAGGCAGGCUUUCACACAGCAGUGGCCCUCUUAAUGGUUCCUUAACGGACAGUCCUCCUGUCUCCCCGUCCGAGAUCGACGACGUCAAGUAUUGCCGUCAAAAUAACACCAACACCCAGUACCGAACGCCCUCGGCUACGCCUGGUGCCUCCAUUAGUGCUGCUGGAGGAGGUGGUGGUGGCGGUGGUGGUAAGACGGUUGGUAGGUGGUUGAAGGAUAGGAGGGAGAAGAAAAAGGAGGAGACGAGGGCCCACAAUGCCCAGCUUCAUGCUGCCAUUUCUGUAGCUGGCGUCGCCGCAGCUGUUGCUGCCAUCGCUGCUGCUACUGCUGCCUCUUCUGGGAACGGUAAGGAUGAGCAAAUGGCGAAGACUGAUAUGGCAGUGGCAUCUGCUGCCACAUUGGUUGCAGCCCAAUGCGUUGAGGCCGCGGAGGCCAUGGGGGCAGAGCGUGAUCACCUAGCUUCUGUUGUCAGCUCUGCUGUAAAUGUGCGGUCUCCGGGUGAUAUAAUGACAUUAACAGCUGCUGCAGCCACAGCUUUACGUGGGGCCGCAACAUUGAAGGCAAGAGCACUAAAGGAGGUGUGGAACAUAGCAGCAGUUAUUCCUGUGGAGAAAGGAUUAGGUGUUGGUGGUGGAAAUGGUAGUAAUGGUAGUUCUAAUGGUAGUUUCAGUGGUGAACUUGUGCCUGAAGAGAAUUUCCUAGGGAUCUGCAGUAGGGAGUUGCUAGCCAGAGGCUGUGAGCUCCUCAAGCGCACUCGUAAAGGUGAUCUUCACUGGAAGAUAGUUUCUGUUUAUAUCAACAAAAUGAAUCAGGUUAUGUUGAAGAUGAAGAGCAGACAUGUUGCCGGGACCAUAACAAAAAAGAAAAAGAAUGUGGUGUUGGAAGUGAUCAAAGAUAUUCCCGCCUGGCCGGGACGCCACUUGCUUGAGGGUGGUGAGAAUCGGCGAUAUUUCGCGUUGAAGACCGUGUUGCGGGGUGUUGUGGAGUUUGAAUGUCUGAGCCAGAGGGAAUAUGAGAUGUGGACUCAAGGUGUGUCAAGGCUUCUGGCCAUCGCAGAAGAAAGAAACAAUAGGCACAGAAUUUAACUUUUAUACAAAAGGGACGAAAGCUUGGCAAAUGGGAAUGGGAAAACUGGGAUAAUAGAAAAUAUAUGGCCGUAGACCCUAGUGAACGUUGUGAUGUUAAUUAUUAGAUGGGCUAUACUUUCGUAUUUUGCUGUUUUGUAAAGGAGGAGAAAUCAAAGAUUUUAAUUAUUAGAUAUCCAUGUAAGGAGUCUUCUUUCUUUUUUGCGUUUAAGUGGGAAUAUGUUAAUUGUUUUUGUACUGGAAAAGUAAAAGUGUUAUGAAUCACAAGGAAGCAGAAGCCAUGUGAUGAAAGCAUUUGUUUCUUUCAGUGAACAGGCAAUGAAAGGAGUAACUUGGACUGGGGUGGUCAAAAAGGGAAUGAAAGGAAGAGGAGCUCAUUUUGAUGAUAGUAGAUUAUACAAUUAAAUACAAGAGAAUGGCACUGUUCUUAGUUUUUAUA